UUUCCCAUCCCAUCCCAUCUCUCUCUCUCUGGAUCUCAAUUUCUCAAUUAGAUUUUUCUCUUCGGAUUUUCCCCAAUUUCGGAUUUUCAGAUCCGGACUGCUGCUUGUUCAAUUCCCAUCAGAAAAAAAAAAAAAAAGUUGUGGGUUGUUGGGAAGAAUAUGUCCCACUACGCUGGUUACGUGGAAGAUGAAUAUGAAAUGGAAGAUGUAGAUGAUGAUAUGGAUGACGAAUUUCGUGGAAGAGACCUGGCUGGCUCCGAGUCUGAUGUUGAUGAAUUUGAAUAUGCGAAUAGUAAAGUAGCUGAUACAACUGCUGCUCAAGCAAGAAGAGGAAAAGACAUCCAAGGUAUUCCUUGGGAUAGACUUAGCAUUACUAGAGAAAAAUACCGGCAAACUAGGUUAGAACAGUACAAGAAUUAUGAAAACAUCCCUAAUUCCGGAGAAGGGUCAGGGAAGGAUUGCAACAUUACAAAGAAGGGAUCUGUAUAUUAUGAGUUUAGACGUAAUGCAAGAUCAGUGAAAUCAACUAUUCUUCAUUUUCAGUUGCGGAACUUGGUCUGGGCUACAUCAAAGCAUGAUGUCUACCUUAUGUCACAUUUUUCUGUCAUUCAUUGGUCGUCAUUGAGUUGCAACAAGUCUGAGGUUCUAAAUGUUUCAGGACAUGUGGCACCAUCAGAGAAACAUCCCGGGAGUCUCUUGGAGGGAUUUACGCAGACUCAAGUUAGUACUCUUGCAGUAAAAGAUAAGUUGCUGGUUGCUGGAGGAUUCCAGGGAGAACUUAUUUGUAAGCAUCUUGAUCGGCCUGGAGUUAGCUUUUGUUCAAGGACAACUUACGAUGAUAAUGCCAUUACAAAUGCUGUUGAGAUUUAUGAUGGUCCCAGUGGUGCAGUUCACUUUACAGCAUCAAAUAAUGAUUGUGGAGUCAGAGACUUUGACAUGGAGAAAUUUCAGCUUUCUAAGCAUUUCCGUUUUCCUUGGCCAGUGAAUCAUACUUCUUUGAGUCCCAAUGGCAAAUUUCUUGUGAUUGUUGGUGACAAUCCAGAUGGGAUGUUGGUGGACUCUCAGACUGGAAAGACAGUGACGGCUUUAUCUGGGCACUUGGAUUUCUCAUUUGCAUCAGCGUGGCAUCCUGAUGGUAUCACCUUUGCUACUGGGAACCAGGACAAAACUUGUCGGGUUUGGGAUGUUCGAAACCUAUCCAAGUCGGUUGCUGUUUUAAAGGGAAACCUUGGAGCUAUUCGGUCAAUCCGUUAUACUUCUGAUGGUCGGUAUAUGAUGAUGGCAGAGCCAGCAGACUUUGUGCAUGUCUAUGAUGUGAAAAGUGGGUAUGAGAAGGAGCAGGAAAUCGACUUCUUUGGUGAGAUAUCUGGCAUAUCAUUCAGUCCAGACACAGAGUCACUUUUCAUUGGAGUGUGGGAUCGUACGUAUGGUAGUCUUCUCGAGUAUGGACGACACCGGGAUUACUCUUACCUAGAUUCUCUUAUUUAAGUUGAAUGUGCAACCUGCGAAUAAGUGUUUUGGUGUUGCUGAUUCAUGGGUGCAACUGUGAAAGCCUAGUAGCAUAAUUGACGCUGUUGAAGAAGAGGGUGUAGGUGUAUAUUAGUAUCAUUGUAAUUCUAGUGUUGUUUGAUGUUCCUAUCCAUAAAGUGUGUAAAAGGGAGGAAUGUACAGAAGGCUGAGGCCAGAAUAUUCCAAACAAAUAGGAAAGACCAGGGUGUCUUUAGGGUGCAAGGGUUGUCUGUUUACCUUUAGAAAUUUUAUCGUAAUAUAAGACUUGUUAUGUGAGACCUGAGAACCUAUCAAUCAUCCAGUUGGUUUCUUGGAUCCUAAA